UUACCCUCUGCCAUAUCCUCCUAUAUAGUAAUGGCUCGUCUCAUCCCUGUACCUUUACCUUUUAUAUCAAUCAGAUCUUAUCUAUUUUUGUAUGUACUAUUGAGAUUAUAGACGCUAUUGAUGCAAUGCAUUAUUUUAAAACAUAAAUCGUCAGUCUAUGUAUAUUAAGCCAAGUAGAUUUGAAAGAAAAAAUAAAAUGGAAUAAGUGAACAAUGGUUUUCAAAUAUGAACUGUACACAGUUGGUGACUUCAAAUUACAUUCCAACAACUGCAGAAUCCCUUGAAGCAUCUGGAACAUUGGGAAUUAUUCUUAUAACUGUUGGAGGAUGUGUUGCUGCAACUAUGUUAGGAAUUUUUUUAGAAGAAUCUAUUUAUUUGUAUCACCAUUGGCCACUUAAAAUUUAUUUAUAUACUGUAGGAUGCCUUAGUGUUUUUCCGAUUUCUGGUCUUAGUUUAUUUUUGUGCCUCUUGGUGCCAAGAGCUGGGAGAACUCUUACUGCAUUUAUUAAAGUAUAUCUGCCAUUUCCAAUGAUCUUCUUUUUCCAACUAGUCAUUUGUUACAUGGAUAAUAAAGAACGUACUGUUGAGAGAUUAUUAGGAAAUAGCAUCCCUCUACAAGGUCCUCCACUUUGUUGUAUUUGCUGUUGGUGUCCAUCACCAUCUUUUACAAGGACAACUUUUAUUUUAAUAAGAGCUGCCAUAUAUCAAUUUGUUCUUAUUCCUGUCAUCUCAUUUAUCAUUGAUGAAAUAUUUAUUGCUGUAAAUAUUAAUGCAGAAGCUGAGUAUCCACUGAACAAGCUCAGUCCUUAUUUAAUUACAACAAAUGCACUAUCAUUUUUUCUUGGUGUAUAUGGACUAGUUAUUUUUAUAAGGAUGACAUCAUCUAUAUUAUUUGGCUAUUUUAUCAGAAGCAAGUUUAUAACUCUACAGUUACAUUUCAUCUUAAUUCGGUUCCAGUUCUUUAUUUUUGAAAUACUUGGUGACUUAGGUGCACUUCCGUGUCAUCCACCAAUAUCACCUAUUGUGUCUGCUCUAUAUGUUAAAAGUGCUGUCUUAUUAGGAGAAGGAUUUAUAUUGUGUGUGUUAGCAAGAUUUUUCUUUUUGCAUCCACCACCACAAUUUUCUCGUCAACAAGAAAGAACCUGAUUAUUUCUGAAUAAGCAGAUUUUAUAAGAAUUUACUCUUCACUUUCUUCAAAAAUUCAUUUACAAACUAUUUAUCAAUUAAAUUUUUUUUCAAUAAGGGACCAUUUUUAAAAAUUUUNCA